GAGACGACGGAAACAACGGUGGAUGAAUUCUUGAGUAUUGUCCAUUGUAGUCUUCGGUAUAUUUUUCAUUGCUAUUUUGAAAGAAAGAAAAAUAAAAAAUAAACCGCGUUUGGAUUCAGUCGCAUUCGCAGGGAUCUUAAAUCUCACCGUACACACGCAAGCUAUGUCGGUUGCGCCUCCCAGUCGCUCGAGCACAGGUUGGCCGCGCGGUAGUACCGCUUCCACUCAGUUUGGAAGCAAAUACAUGACCGGCCCGGCGAAGCCUCUCACCCUGGAGAGGACCAUCAAUCUGUACCCUCUCACCAACUACACAUUUGGGACCAAAGAGCCUUUGUAUGAGAAGGACAGCUCGGUGGCGGCCAGGUUCCAGCGGAUGCGUGAGGAGUUUGACAAAAUGGGAAUGAGGAGGACAGUGGAGGGUGUACUGAUCGUCCAUGAGCACAGGCUGCCGCACGUCCUACUCCUCCAGCUGGGCACUACUUUCUUCAAACUGCCCGGUGGAGAGCUGAGUCCUGGAGAAGAUGAGGUGGAAGGUCUGAAACGCCUAAUGACCGAGAUUCUCGGACGGCAGGAUGGGGUGAAGCAGGACUGGGUGAUUGACGACUGUAUUGGCAACUGGUGGCGCCCCAACUUUGAGCCUCCACAGUAUCCCUACAUUCCAGCUCACAUUACCAAACCUAAGGAACAUAAGAAACUUUUCCUGGUUCAGUUGCAGGAAAAAGCACUGUUUGCCGUCCCCAAAAAUUAUAAACUGGUGGCCGCUCCUUUGUUUGAGCUGUAUGACAAUGCCCCUGGAUAUGGACCCAUCAUUUCCAGUCUACCACAGCUCCUUAGCAGGUUUAACUUCAUCUACAACUAAGAGAAGUCCGUUUGGCUGUCUCUGUGAGUGCAGCCCAGUCGAAGGGAAACUUGAAGAUCACGUGGAGAAUGCAGAGAAAUUAUAAUUCUCAUCUUCGGCUCCACUUUCACAUGAGAUAAAUGUCCUGUACUGAAUAUACUGACAGUCCACAGUGGUUGGUGUCCAGCGAUACUGUUGCCAGGAAAAAAAAAAAAAAAAACUUUUUUUUAUUUUUAUUUUUUUUUUUAUAAAAUCUUGAUGAACUGCUGGGUUUUGUAGAUUAUAUUAUGUUUACUCUGAUUUUUAGCCUUCUCAGAAAAGGUUUGAUUAAACCAACAAUUACUUUGUGUUUACUGUUAUUUUAAACGACAUUGUUUCCCCCCCCCCCUUUUUAAUAAAAA